GUCCGUUGAUCGUGAUCACCAUCAUUCUCCGCACUACUUCUAACAGGCAACGUCACUAUUUCGUUUUAUUUCUGGCGUUGGGACGAAACGAAAAUUAAAAUCAAGCUGGUUCAUCUGUGAGUGCAUCUCUGUCUAGUGUAUGAUUUGUUUUUGCUUAAACUUUCUUCUGUAGGAGUUAAAUGUCCUCCAACAAUUUGGGCGAAUGACGAGCUCCAAUUUUUUCACGCAGCAAUCCAAGGUGGCCGCUCGCCACCGCAGCUAUCCUUCGGCUGGCGCCGAGCAUCCUGCGAACAAUGAAGCCGCGGCUCAAGAACACGCAGACCUCGAAGCGGGGACGGAUUUUCGCCAUGAGGCACAGCAUUCCCUGCGCGUCUCAUCCAGCGGACGAAACAACACCGGUGAAGUUAUCCGAGACGAUGUGGAUGAUGAAAGUUCUACUCUUCUGACCGGAAACGAAGACGCUGCCCAGUCUAAAAAGACGUGCUGGACAGUGGCGAUCAUCGCUGGUGUGUCUCUGCUGUUGGUUGGCCUGGGUUUGGGAAUCGGCUUGCCCCUGUGGCUGCGGCACCAGCACCACUUGCGCGAUGGGAAUUCUAUUCCUCCAAAAGUAUAUGUCUAUAACCUUCCGGAUAUGGAUUGCAAAAAUUUCUGGGUCUGGAAGAGUGUAACUUGUGAUGCGCAUUUCAGAACACAGAAAAAUCUCUCAUGCAUAGGUAGCAAAAGCUGCCCACUUUCCGUCACCAAAAUGGGGGACUUGUCAUGCGGAUUCGACAUUGCGGAAGCUUCUCGAAACCUGUGAUGCUAGAGCUUCCAUGCCAGACCUUCUGUGUCAUGCAAAAACAGCAUGAGUCUUCCAGACCCAGACAUUUUUACAUUUGAUACCGGACCAACAGAUGCUAAAUGGCCGUGAGAUCGUUUGGCGGGAGGAUGCGUACUGCGAGAGAGCCUUUCCGUCUGGCUCGGCGGAGGAACGCGAUUGCGUUUUUGGGCCGGAGUUCUCGGUUGAGAUCCAGCAGGGUCCGGGACAGCCAGCGACCACCCUGACCCUUCGCAGCACGGACCAGUUUCGCAACGGCCGCAUCUGGCAGUCACGCCUGACGCGCACGGCCUUCCGCGUGGAAGAUCCGACCCUCGCCGAUGUGUUUUUCGUGCCUAUUUGGCGUGAAAGCUACAAGCCGGACCAGAGCAAGUGCCCAACGGCAGACGAUAUGGAUUGCAAAUAUGUCUGGGUCUGAAAGGUUGGAACUUGUGAUCGCUAACUUUGGACUCUAAAAAAAAUGUGUAUUGCAUGACCAGCAACAGGAGUCUACUUUGUGCUACGCGGGGAGGGCGUUUGUCAUUCGGAGUAGGCAGCAGGAAGCCCUCAAAAAAUCUGUGAUGCUAGGUCGUGCAUUACAGACAUUCUGGGUCAUGCAAAACAUGCAUGACAAGUCUCAGAAUCUUCCAGACCCAGACACUUUUGUACUUGAUAGACGAAGUUUUGGCUGCUCUCCCCCAUUUGACGGACGCCACGGCGAGCAAGCACAUUCUGCUAUCCCCGCGGGUUGGGGGGCUUUUCGACGACGUCUGCAGUUUUUGGAACAGCAAGGAGCCUUUGAUCCAGAAGAUGAGAAAAGUCGCCCUCGAAGACUACUAUUCCUGCGGUGGCAAUCGGCCGGAGCGUGCUAUUCCGUAUCCGACCCUUGGCGCGGGUUUUAUCCUGUGCAAAAGCAUCGUACUCGUAUAAAUGCAUUACAAAUUUCCUCAGCAUGGGAAGUAAAAUUUGUAAAUGCGGAUUUGACUUAACACAAAGAUUUGUAAUGCAUGAUUGCAAUACGAAUACGAUGCUUUUGCACAGGAUAGGUUUGACCGCUACGCAACUGGAGCAGCUGUUUGCCACCGUCGACGAAACGCAGCAAGCCGGCCGCCCGCGCCUGGUCAUGGCCGCGAUAGGUCCCCGGCCGCCCGGCGCUGCCUCCGCGAAAAUCCGGCACAUUUGGAAUGACCAGUGCAAUAUGAACUGCAAAAGCAUCGUACUAGUAUAAAUCGCAUGAGAAAUUGACUUAGCAUUACAAAUUAAAUUUGUAAUGCAGAUUUGCCUUAAUAAAAAAAUUUGUAAUGCAUGAAUGCGAUUCGUACGCCUACGAUACUUUUGCACAGGAUAUGCAAGGACAGCGACCAAUGCGUUCACGUCGACCCUACAAAACCGGACAUGCUCCCUGGGUUGGUCGAAGCUAUGAUUACUUCCACGUUUUGCCUGCAGCCGGUGGGAGACACUCCGUCUCGCAAGGGUUUGCUGGACGGCUUGGCGCUGGGAUGUAUUCCGGUGCUUUCGUCCCCGAAACAGCAAAAGCUGUGGCGGUGGCAUCUGCUGGAGGGAGAAGACCACAACCAGGACCGCUCCUGGGAUGAUUUUUCUGUGCUUGCACCAGACGAUUCCUCGAAGACCGUGAUCGAGUUUCUGCAAGGAAUAAACCCGGAAACAAUCUCCAAACUGCAGGCCGGCGGAUAUGGUGUUCUCAACUGUUACAUUCUCAGCUGUUGCAUGAUUUGUCAUGCCAAAUUGCCUUGACUAUCGACGCCAUCAAGCUGCUUCGCAUGACAAAUUCUCCGACGGCCAAACAUGCUUAGAAUCUGUGCCAAAUCUGUCAUGCAAGACGCGCAACAAGGUCUUUCUCUUUCCUUUCACUUUUGCCAUUUUUGCAUCACAAAUUCAUGUAGCAGUUGAGAAUGUAACACUUGAGAACGCCAUAGCGGACGGAUCGCGCGGAGGAAAAUCAUCACGCAUUGGUCCGGCACCGCCGAGAACGACGACGAUGCAAUCGCGGUCACCCUGAAAGCCAUACAGGAUGGUAGAUGAGGAAGCGUCGACACACAUUGAUUUUUGACCACAUCACCUGCAAGAACGCCACUCGACUUCCGGCCUCGGCGUCGCUUUGGUUACCAAUACAUAGUAACCAAAGCGACGCCGCGGAAUUGUGUGGAUUCCACAGCAUAGUCUAUGCUGUGGAAUGAGAUGAAGUGAAAGUGAAACUACUGUGUUGAUGAAGUGUACCUAAGUACUCUUUCGAAAUAAGUCUAAGUCAAGCUUUACACGAACUCGAACCCCGACCCCUCCGCACGUUCCCCCCAAGGAUAAAUAAAUGAUGUACAACAUGUAUGAUCAUGAUUUUGGGUUUGAGUUUGUACUACGAAUCAAAAAUUGAUGGCCGUAGCAUUACAAAAAACGACAUUUCGACGCUUUGACCUUCUUCAACAUCUAUUUCUAUACUUCAUCAAUUCGAGAAGUUGUAUCAACAUGAGUGCAACCACGUGUAUAAUUUGAAAAUGGUACUAACGCUAGCUGCAGCACUAGUGAGUUUUGGUUUUGGAAAGCAGUUUUGGAAAAUCAUCCGAAACAAGUUUUGGAAAGCAGUUGGGUGUAGUCUACUUUUGCGCCGUAGAAGAGAGGACUUCCUCCAAUUAAAAACAGUGGAGCUGCUUUUCUUGGGUGUGAAAACAACUAAAACGCGGUAGAACUUUGAAGAAACCUUGACAUCAUUAACUUUAACGCUAGCAUUAGAUUUGAACUCAUGAAAGCUUUGCGCUUGUGUUUGAACUACGACCAGGCGGCUGGUGGUGCCUGUCGAAGCAAAUAGACGAAGACGGUCAACGAAUCGAUGCGUAAACUAGAACUACUUUUGAUCAGCAUCAGAGAAUGAAUACUUGGAAAUCAUUGACCACGAUGUUGAAGACGAUCGACUGAUGAAACUAGAUGAUCUGACAAAUGGAAAGAAG